UCCACAGAGUGGAAAAUGCAAUGCCACCUGAUCCCACGCUGAGUAACAGCACUGAGCUGCUCAGGUGUCCAUUUGUAAAUGUAGACGUGGCAAGAGGGCAAUUUUUAAGAGAUAGCUGAGAAGGAGAAAGAAAAGAACGUUAUAGUUUGAGGAGUACAGUCUUAGACAAAGCACGGCUGAGUGUGGAAGAUGUCGUGAUGAUGAAAGACAUUGUGGACUUCAAUCCUGUGACCCACACUGAUGAUUCAUCACCUCCUCAAACAGUAAUUAAUGCGGAGGAACAGGAACAAAAAAACAGCUCWAAGAUAGAGGUGGUCUCAGUGACAGAGGAAGACCUGCCCACCGUUGAAACCCCCGACACUCUGGUUGUCAGUCCUCUUGGCAGCUUUACUACAGAGAAAGAUUCACCCAUUCCUUAUGAGCCUCCAGUUGCAGCCAGCCCAACUAUGCCAAUAACCAAGGUGCAACCAUUUAUUCAUGAGGAUGACUUGGACAAGAAUUGGAAGAGCAGAGUACUAGCUCAUCGAUUGGAGUCGCUAAUUGCAUUUUGUUUCAUCUUAAUGGUGAUUCUUGCUCUCUGCAUUGGCCUUGGAGUGGGUCUGAGCUGUGUGGGAAAGUUUCGUUGUGGUUCUUCAUCUCUGUGCRUCAGCUCCUCAGCUCGAUGUGAUGGAAAGGUGCACUGUGAAAAUCAAGAGGAUGAGCUCGGCUGUGUACGUCUGAGUGGCAGGAACUCGGUCCUACAGCUUCAGAGUCGAGGAGAAUGGAGGACGGUCUGUGCAGACAACUGGAACAACGUUCUGGGACUCUCUGCCUGCAAGCAGCUUGGAUACUCCAGGUAUGUGGAGUCUUUCUUCAUCACUCUGACAUCAAUUGAGCAGGACCUUCAGACCAGCGUUAUUUCCAUCAACUACAAUCAGUCAGAAGUCAUCAGGCUGCAAAAUGCUGCAUCUGUCAGUAAGACUAAGUGCAGCUCAGGGAUGGUGACCACUCUGAAAUGUAUUGAGUGUGGGUCCAGGCCUCUGUACACCAGUCGGAUUGUUGGAGGGAAUAUGUCCAAAAUGGGUCAGUUUCCUUGGCAGGUCAGCCUCCAUUUUAAAAAUGAACACCUGUGUGGAGGUUCUAUCAUAACACCUGUCUGGAUUCUCACUGCAGCGCACUGUGUAUAUGG